AAUUAAAUGUACACACAUAUAAUAACUCAAUAUAUAAGACUGUGUUUGGUUGAUAGCAUUUCUUAGACUUACAACUAUGGCAGAAUCAGACAACGAGUCAGGAGGAGGUCAAACAGGUUACAAAGAGCAAGACAGGUUUCUUCCAAUAGCAAACGUAAGCAGAAUCAUGAAAAAAGCUUUACCAGCAAACGCAAAGAUCUCAAAAGAAGCUAAAGAAACAGUUCAAGAGUGUGUAUCAGAGUUUAUAAGUUUCAUAACAGGGGAAGCUUCUGAUAAGUGUCAAAAAGAAAAGAGAAAAACAAUUAAUGGUGAUGAUCUUCUUUGGGCUAUGACAACACUUGGAUUUGAAGAUUAUGUGGAGCCACUUAAGAUUUAUUUGAGUAAGUAUAGAGAGAUGGAAGGUGAAAAAAGUGCUAUGAUUGGAAGAAGUGAUCAUAGAGAUCAUGGAAAUGUUGGUGAAGGUAGUGGUGGAGUUUAUAAUCAUGGAGUUGGAGUUUCAUCUUCUAUGAUGAUGAUGAUGGGGCAUAAUAUGUAUGGAUCUGGAAGUGGAUCGCCGUCUUUCGGAAGGAGUAACAGAUAGCAGAGACUAAUCAUUCGAGUCAGAUAUGAUCACAAUAGGCGGCAAAAUUCUACAUCAACUUUAAUGCCGCUUCUUUCUGAUGGCUGAAUUUGAACUAUGUACCUAUGACGACUAAGCUGGAAUAGACUUAGAAAAAAAAAAAAAAAAGCUGGAAUAGACUUGAAUCAUCUCAUCUAUGCGUUCUUGACUAGAUAUCAGGUUUAUAUAUGCUUAUCUUUGAUAUAAAUUCUAUGUAUUUUUUUAAUUUAGAAUUCCCUAGAGAGACAUUAUGGAUGGUGGUGUGGAAUUAAUGCACAAAUUCUUUGUAUUUUUCAUUUGCUUUUUGGGGGGAGGUGAUGAAUGUUGCAUGUAUUAUGUAUAUAUAGUUACUUGUGUUGUGUACUAUUUUUUUCUUCAAUAACUUUCCCAAAUUGUAUAUAUAUUUCAAUAAUCAAUUCCCAAGUUAGAAAUUGAA